UGGCUGUGGAUUAUCUCGAUUUUCAACAUGUCGACGAUGAGUGGACAUAGGCGAUCUGCUAUGACUUCUGUCUCUAAUCUCUAUUCUAAUCUCGUUCUGUUCUAAUCUCGAUGACUAUCACAUCUACGAUGUCUAGGAGAUCGUGAACGAGAAUGGCUGCAAUAAUGAGAUCGAGAACGACUCCUUGAACGAGAGCAAUUAAGCUGCUGGAUUUUCAGCUCUGUUUUUGAUUUGCGAUAUUUGCGGUAAUGAUGUCUUGUGCUACAAGUGUUAUAUAUUUUUGAAAUCGGCAAGAGAUAGGGAUUGCAACGGUGUUACUUUUAUUAAAAUUGAUCAAGUAUUUUUCAAACUACGAGCGUUGGAAUUUUUGGAACUUCGGACUUUUUUUUUGGGAUUACAGCUGACCGAUUUACCGAAUCGCUACACAGGAUCUGACUCACUUCAGUUCUAUGAGUACGAUUUUGAAUUUUGUCGAAUUCGGUCCAGCAGUUAUGAGAAUAUCGCUUAUUUCCGGUGGAAUUUCGUCGUUCUAUUGUGGACUUCUGGUUGCAUUUUUAGAAAAAUUCUUAAAUAGCUUUAUUGAGGAUCAUAAAUGUCACAAUGCUACCAAAUUUCAUUUCGAUAGGUACAGCCAAAUUUGAAUUAUGCCAAUUCUAUUGAAUUUUCCAUUUCCUCAAUUUGACGUUCUAUGCCGUUUCUAUGGUAAAGGUGCUCCUCUGAGUUGUUGAUUAGUGAUUAGUGCGAUUUCUCGGGUUAUUUAUUAUUAUUUCUGUAGCAUAUUUGUUUUUAUUGUUAAUAUAAAUAUUAAAUAUUAAGUUUAUCUUUAAUAUAUAUCAAAUUAUGAAUGAGACAGAGAGCUUGUCAGCUUCUGCUGCUCGUGCAGCAGCUUCAGAAGUAAUCACUGAGCUUAAGGAAUACAUUGCGGAAAACGCUAACUCAAAGUUUUCCACUGUAAGACAUACCGAAUAUAUUCUGGAUUGUGUUACUAGGGUCAUUAAUAUUUAUGAACAAAGCUUUGUUCUUAAUAUGUUAAAAGAAAUCUCAGGGAAAAUAGAUACAAUGAAUGAUCAUAAUUUGAAAAAUGACAGUAUACUUGUUAAACAGGAUGAGGUACUUAAACGCCUAACUGCUCUUGACACUAACAAAAGUACUGUUAGUAAUACUACCAAGCUGUAUAGUACUGCACUUAAGGCCAGGGGUUCUGCCUCUACUAAGCAAAAACAUGUGCCCACAACGAAAAAUGUUCUUCUGAUCUAUAAUGCUAGUGACAAUGGUAAUAGUGAUGAUGUAUGUAAAAUUAUUAAGGAACGAGUUAAUCCAUCGAGGAUAAAGAUUGGUGUUGACAGAGUUCGUAGGAUUGGAAAUGGGGGUAUUGCUGUUGAGCUCGAGAAAAGUGAGGACAUUAAUGUUCUUGAUAAUUAUGUCAAGGAACAUAUACCUGAGGUUAAUACUAAACGGCCUAAAAAACGGAGACCUCAUUUGAUGAUUUUUUCUAUUCCUAAACAUGAUACUAAAGAAGAAUUGCUCCGAAAUAUAUAUUACCAAAAUGAAUCUUUCCACUCUUUAUAUUCGGAAGAGGAUUUUAAACAGGAUUUUCGCCUUAAAUUUUCUACUGGAAAGCGGGGAGGCGACUAUCAAAAUUGGGUCAUUGAGGUUUCUCCAUCCAUGCGUGCACAGGUAUUAAGAUUAGAUAAAUUAAAUAUUGGAUGGUCGCGCUGCAGGGCCAUAGAUUUUUGCCCAGUCCUGCAGUGUUUUUGUUAAAUUUGUUAAAUGCUGCUGCUUUGGGCAUAGCACAAAGAAAUAUUCAGAGGAAUAUAACAUUUGCAGCCGGUGUUCUGGGAAUCACGCAUUUAAGGAUUGUCCUAAACUUGGAGAGCCUCUUACAUGUAUCAACUGCCGGCACAACCACUUUGAGGAACAUAGGCACAAUGCUAGAGAUCCUGUUUGUAAAGUGUUUCAACAUAUAAAAGCUAACCUGAUAAAUAGGACUGACUAUGGGUCAGAAUUAUAAAAAUAGUAUUACUGUUUUGCAAGUUAAUUUACACAGGAGCAUUGCUGCCAGUUCUCUCUUAGCGAGUGAAAUACACAACUAUGACUUAGUGUUGGUUCAAGAACCAUAUUGUUUACGUAAUCAACCUACCUCUAUUCCAGCUUACUGCUCUACAGUUAAAGGUACUAACAAUAGUCCCUGGGCUAUGACUAUCGUUCCACAUCGCCACAUCCCUAUUUUGCACUUAGCCUCUUUUAGUACGGAUUAUAUGGUU